AUGGGGAGACUCGUGCCAUGUUGUGUGAACAAUUCUGCAAGAGCACCUAAGGAGGCUUACCUCCUUACCAGCCCGUGGUGGCGCGUACGUGUCUCUACUGAGAUGUACGAAGGGAUUGACAACCUGAAAUCCCUUUACGACCGUGCCGGGAAGACUUUCUCCGGCGGUCCUUCUGCGGCACAGGAUGUGCCGCGUCGUACUGCUCAACCAGACCCAGUACGUCGAUCAUCAGUUGGGAGCGGGGCUCCCAAGAAUCCCAGGACGGGGGAUAGCCGCGCCACCGGACGAGAUAACUCGUCCGACGUCCGUUCACGUCGCGGUGGUUCAACAGCUGCUCAACUAGAUAGCGCUGGCCACCGCGAGAGUCCUCUAAUGGAGGUGGAGGAGGAGGAAAGACGCUCUCCACACGAUCAUGUGGAUCGGUGUGUUCCCGAGAGCUUCUUUGAUCGCGUAACGCAAGGGUUACGCGACGAUCUCGAGCAUGAGCGGAAUAGGCGUCUCCAGAUGGUGGACACUGCCUCGAAGCAUCGAGCUGAGUUUGCCUUUGCUCAGCUUGAGAACGAGAGAUCUCUGACAUCUCUUCGUGACGAGCUAAGGGUAGCUCGUGGGAUUGUUGAUCGGUCUCGGGCUGAGAUAACUGCUCUUCAGACCCUUGUUGAUGCCCACCAUCGGGAGCACAAGGCUCUCUGCGAGAUGCUUGAGCGCAAGGGCGUUCUUCAUCGGAAGAAGCAGCGUACUGAUGGUACGGCUUAA